GUUUACUCUCUCUGCCAUCUUUGAAACCGCGGCGAUUGAGCAAGUUGUGGUGCGGAAGUCUGUCGCGGCAGUGCGCGUUUAUUUUGCGUUUUACUUUAUAUUUUUUAUCGGAAUUUCAACCUUCAGAGUGUGCUCGCAAAUAAGCCGUAAAAUGUAGGAAAAAUUGUGCAAGUGCAACCCAAAUAAUUGCAAAAGAAGUUCCACCUGACAGGAAAGAAAAAGAUUUUCCAACACUCGCGACUGACAUCUCCGUUCUUCGGGAGCGAGUGUGCGUGAUUUAUUUACACCCUGCACGUGGAGCUGUGUGAGUGUGCUGCAAAAUUCCCGCGCACGCGAGGCCAAAACGUAAACAAAUGUACCGUACGGCAACGAACACAACCCGGGCAGAUGCACCAAUCAAUAAAAAGAAAACGAGCUGAUUUUUAUUGGCAAAACGGCAAAUUAAUCGGGGAAAAGCGAUAGUUUAGUGAUUGUGACCAAGUGCGUGGGAUGAAGUGUGCAUAAUCUGGUAAGAAGACCAAGGAUUAAGUGGAGUAACCAGUCCGAUAAAGGCUGCUUUGCCGAGAGCAAAAGAAUUCCAUCGGGCGGAAGUGCAGGAUAACGACGAAAUUCGCCACCGUGAUGGACUUUAAGCAGCAAAACGGCAGCAGUCCCGGCCAGACACAACAGCUCCGCAGCAACUCCCGGCAGUGGCAUCAGUCUUCAACGGCGACGAACGGAGCAUCGCCAUCGUCAGUAGCAACAAUUGCGCCCCAGAAAGUCACCAUGCGAAGGCGGUGUCGCAGCGAAUCUUGGAGUGAAAGUCUUCCCAUGGCGCCGAUGAUGUACCACGAGGUGAAGAGCGGCAAGUCGCGUCUCCAGCAGGGUCAUGGUCACAGCAGAGCACGAGGUGGUGAGGUUCCAACGCUGCUGAUCGAGUCGUUCAGCUUGCAGGGCAAUGGUCGGAAGCAGUCGGAUCUGUUGCCCAGCAUCACCAUCAACAGCGCAAAGGAGAACGUCAUCCAGAACGGAGUCAACGCGAAGGACGUCUAUCUGAGCGAUCUGGAUGGUUAUAGGAAGGAUCGCCGGAAUGGGUACUACAUCGCAGGUGAGCGACAACUCGAGUCGCGCUUUGCGCGGAACCUCGAAAGCUCUUUCAACCCUCGGAUGGACCGUCGGAAAAUGCGAGCACGAAGUGAGUCGGAACCGCAUGAGAUCUACACCAGUCCGACCGUGUUUGGCAGUGGUAGAACCUACUCCGGUUGGAGUGCCCACCGGGACCAGGUUCGGGACGUAUCUCUGAAGCGAACCCGCGACACAAUUUCCCCAACCUUAGAAGCUGACGAAGCCCUAGAAGCGAUGUGUUCCUCAAUCAACUCGAAAGAUUCACCCCCUUCUAAAAUCCUGAACGCCAACGACACAGCCAGCCUUGACGAAGCUGUCAACCGAGCGGCGGCAUCGCUUCAAAAACGUAAGGUAACUAAAGCGGCCCAGAACGCCGUCAACGGAGCGCGGGCUACAAAAACGGUUCGCACCCGAAACGGCUCCACGGUCAACAUCUACAAAUCCAGCCUAAAAUCCGCCCCGACGUCCGUCUCGGCCAUCGUAGCCUCCGGCGGAGUCGUUGCCGCCAACAUGGGUCGCAAAUCGGUCUCGCCUCCGCUGCUCCUUCUCAAACCGGGAACUACCUCACCAACUCCGUCCGGAAUGUCGACCGGCACGAGCGGUGGCGAGUCUGUGCACACACAAGACCUCGACACGGAAACCAUCGGCCACUCGGAUCUGGCAGAAGACGACCUGGACGACGAGUGCGACGGCGAAGAGGACGACCUCGACGACGACGAUGUCCUUCCCGAAGACGACGAAGUGCUGAACGGGUCCAUCACCGACUCCGAGGACAACUACCAAACCCAUCUCGCAGCGUACCAGGCUCGUGCCAAGUCCAACUCGACCUCCCCGUCGCCAUCGCCAUCGAUUCGCGGACCGGUGACCUCGAUCGGUUGCGUGCACGGCGGUUGCCCCCCGGAGGGACCGCUCGCUCCCAGUUUAUUCGCCUACGUGCCACCCUACAUCACGUUCUCGACGCACGAGGAAAAGGGACCGCCGAUGCCGCCGGCCAUUCACAAAGUGCUCAAGUGGAAGAUGACGCUGAUUACGCCGAUCGUGGUGCGUAAAGUGCUGCUCAACAGCGGGUUCCGGUUGCUCAAAAAAACCAACGACUGGGUCGGCAUCUGGGGCAAGCACAUGAAGAGCCCCUGCUUUAAGACGCUCCGGCCGUAUCAAAAGUUCAACCACCUGCCGGGAAGCUUCCAAAUCGGGCGCAAAGAUCGAGUGUGGCGCAACCUGCAGACGCAGAUGAACCGCCACGGCAAGAAGGAGUUCGGGUUCAUGCCGCGCACGUACAUCAUACCUCAAGAUUUGAAGCUGCUGCGUCAGAUGUGGCCCCGGUACAGUCAGCGGGGCUGCAAGUGGAUCAUCAAGCCACCGGCGUCGGCGCGAGGAACGGGGAUCAAGGUCGUCAACCGGUGGUCCCAAAUCCCCAAGCGGAAGCCACUGAUCGUGCAGCGAUACGUCGAGCGGCCGCUGCUCAUCAACGGAAGCAAGUUUGACCUGCGGCUGUACGUGCUCGUUACGUCGAUCAACCCGCUGCGCGUUUACAUGCACACCGACGGACUUGCCCGGUUCGCUUCCGUCAAGUACAGCGAAAAGUCGGAUACGCUCAGCGAUCGAUACAUGCAUUUAACCAACUACAGUAUUAACAAGCUGUCCGACAAGUACAGCGCCAACGAGGACGCGGACGCCUGCCAGGGCCACAAGUGGACCAUCAAAUCCCUGUGGACGUACUUCAACGAAAAGGGCGUCAACACCGACCGACUGUGGGGAGCGCUUCGGAACCUGGUCCUGCGAACGGUACUCGCCGGCGAAGGUCCCAUCCACGCCAUGUCCAAGCUGAACGUGGGCAAUCGGUACAACUGCUACGAACUGUUCGGCAUCGACGUCCUGCUCGACUCCGAGCUCGUGCCGUGGCUGCUGGAAGUCAACAUAUCACCGUCCCUCCAUUCCGCGUCCACGCUGGACGCCCACGUGAAAGGUCCGCUCGUGAAGGCGUUGCUCAACACCGCCAUGUAUCAGGUUCCUCCCAGGAUACCGCAGGCGGAGCAGAAAGAAAUCCUCGCCAGCCAAGGCCUGGCUGGUCCGCUGUGCUUCGACAAGCGCAUCUACGUGACCGCCCUGUCGAAGGUCGAGCGAGUGAAACACAACCAGUUCAUCCAAAAGGACGUGGGCAGGGAAGACUAUCUCAGCCCUAUCCUCGACGAGCUGACCCCGGACGACGUGCGAUGUUUGCUGCUCGCCGAAGACGAACUUGCCAGAAGUGCCCCGCUGGAACGGAUCCUUCCAGCGCCCAACAGCCACCGCUACAUCGGCUUUACCGAACACCCUCGGUACUACAACCGAUUGCUGGACGCGUGGGAACACCGAUACUGCCAUAACCGCGCCGACGGAAUCACCCUGCUGCAGUCGCUGUGCGCCCAGAAAGUCCACCUCCAGGUACCGCCGAGCACGCUGAAAAAGGACUCCAGCAGUAACAGGCCGCCGGUGCCGACGCAGCAGCACCAGCCAGACAACAGUACAACCAACAGCGAAAACAGCGGCUCCCAGGACAGCGGCGUCCACUCGGAACCGCCGUCGGGCCCUUGCUCGGCGUUCCACUCGCAGGACUCGAUCGACCAGCUCCCGAACGAGCAGGAACCCCAGCUGAUGGACUCCAGCGAGGCGGUGAAGGCCGACCAAGCCGACGAGGACAACAUCCGGUUGGGCGACAAAAUUAAGCUCAUUCUGGACGAUGCGUUGCUGCUGAAGCAGCAGCAGUGCGGUGACACCGAGAAUGCCAUUAUUGUACAGCAGUAGAGAAAGCGUGCGAGCGUGCGUGCGUGAGUAGACAAUUUCUUCUUUUAAUUUCAUCCCGUCGAGAAAGCUCUGGGCUGCACAGUCUCUUGUUUGAACAAUUUCGCGCUAGACACGGGUUCGCGAGUCGUGGCAAAAAGACUGAAAUACGAUGUGUUCUCCAACAAUGAAGUUAUGAGCAAGAGUGCGAGCGCGUGCGAAUGUGGACAAAAAAAAACUACCCAAAACAAAAAAAAUACGCAAAAGUCUAACUUAGAAACAGUAGAUUCGGUAGAAAUGUUAGCAGCCGGAAAGUUAUCUCGUACCAGUUGAAGUGUUUCGCAGCUAUAGAAUUUCUAUAAACAAAGUUAAACAAACACACAAAAAAUACUCCAACCUUUAAGCAGCGGAGAAAUGAAGAAUAUUGGUUAGCCUGUGAUUUCUCCCCCUCCUCUAAAUUUUAAAAUUGAGUCCGGCAAGCUCGCGAAAUCACGUCGGUUAAAGAGUAGCAGCAGAAAUAAGGAGAUUUUUUUCAAAUAAAAAUCUAACCAACAACGACGUUGAGAGCGAAAUGUGAACGCAAAUUUCGCACUCCAAAUUGUACAAUAUCGGCGAAUACACACACACGAUUGAACACAACAGAAAUUCUAACGCGGUAGGUUAAGAAAAAAAAACACAAAUAGGAAUGAAAUUAGGUCAAGUAAAUUGAAAAUAAAGCAAAACAAAAUCGUUUAGUAAAGUACAUCGUGAAGGA